AUGGCUGCGUAUUUUAACGACAGUCAACGCCAAGCCACAAAGGAUGCUGGAACGAUUUCUGGACUUAAUGUUUUGCGUAUCAUCAACGAGCCAACUGCUACGGCCAUUGCUUAUGGUUUGGAUAAGAAAGGCCAGGGCGGGCGCAACGUUCUGAUUUUUGACUUAGGCGGUGGAACUUUUGAUGUGUCUAUUUUGACUAUUGAAGAUGGUUUUUUUGAGGUCAAGUCGACUGCUGGAGACACUCAUCUUGGAGGCUAA